AUGGCUUCUCUAUUCGCACCAGAUAAGCUCUGGUUUGGAAUCGCUCUCCUCACACUCACAGGAGCGUGUAUCUUCCUCCUCACCUUCGGCCCCGGCCCCGGCCAUAACAACCUGCACUUCAUCCCCCGACUCCGCCGUCGUCGAACAUGCACAAGCGAAACGCCACCGCGCUCGAUACCCCCAGCGGAGAAGAAGCCGCCUGUACCAACCUCACCCUCACCCUCACCCUCAACCAAGUCCAAGUCCCCCAUCCACGCAGCUACCGUUGUCCCCCCGCAACGCCGACACAUCCUCGCCGCAUUACCGCGCACCGCACCCUCAUAUAAAGAAGUCCACGAAGACAAAGUCAAAGCACGCCUCCUCCUCCUCCGCCUCCUCCUCCCAAUGACGGCAGAUUACUCUGCGGUGUCGACGGAGCUGUACACGUGCACGGGCUUCUCCACGACGGACUUGAGCGCCCUCGGCGAUUUCCCGGACUACGCAACGCUCAGCGGCGUGCCGUUGCCGCGGGCCUAUGCCGAGUUUGAUAUCGAGAGGGCGUUGGCGAGACCGUAUCGGCCGUUUCGCUGGGCUUAUCAUCAGACCAUGUCAUUCACAAAACUAGAACCCGACUGGUGGCUGGAACUCGAAAACACAUACAAGCUUCGAAUCGCCCAGCGCAAGGCGCUCUACGCGAAACACGGCCGCGAUGUCCUGGACUACCUCCCGGGCUCGGAGCUCGCUUGCAAGGAACUCAUGGAGAUGGUCGUGCAGUUCCUGUGCGCGCGCUACCCGCAUUACUUCUCGCUCAGGGACAAUCGCAUCCUGGAGAAUAAGAUCCUAGCCACGGAGCGCGACGUCAGGACCAUGCAUCCGCUCGAGGUCAUUCUUGAAAAUAUCCCCGAAGAUUUCGCCAUCAUGUUACGGGAUGACAAGACGGGCAAUUACUUCUUCCGCGCUGGCGUGAUUUGCUCUACGUUGGGGUGGAAUCUUCAGAGUAAGAUUGGACUGCAGCUUCAUGAGAUUCAUGAUCCGGUUCCAGAUUACAAGGAGAAGAUGCAAUUUUCGAUGGAUCGAUUCUUCACAAAAAUGCCCGCUGAUAAACCCAUCCAACGCGGGUCCUGGGGGAUCGAGGUCGGCCAGCCGCUUUAUGUGCCCCCGGGCCACCCGCAUGAGAAGCUGCGCUUGUCCCAGGAUCCGACCCGCAAGCUGGAGGAUUGCAAUCUGCGAGUUGACUGGCAGACCCUGCGUCGUCUUCCUCUAUCAGGCGCCGUGGUUUUCAAUUUCAAGGCGCUCUUCACGCCCCUGACCGAGUUCCGGGAUGAGCCUGGCGUGCCAGCGUUGUUGGCCAAGAUCCUUCACGAGGGAAAGAAGAAUCUGAUGGAAUACAAAGGGACCUGGCAUCUUGAGCAUGUUGUCCUGCCAAAGUUCGAGGAGUGGGCAAGGGAGCAAGAAGAGAAGGGACUGGUGCCUAAGAAUUGGGAGGUGGCUACACUGGAUGAGAGCCCGUGGUUUAAGGGUUGGCAAGAGAAGUGGCGUCGUCAACAGGGAUUUUAA